UCUGUUCAUUCUGAGGAAACGUAGAAAACCGUUCUAAUUCUGUAAUUAUUUUUGAUUUUUUUUUAACCACAAUUUGCACGCAGUUUCCGAAGAUCUGAGCUUUCGUAGCCAAAUUCAGUUGCUGAAGAGAUGAGUCGAUCAGCAGAGAUGGACUACAACAGUUCGGAGGAGUUCAGCGAUGUCUCCGAUUCAGGGAGCGACUUCAAGGACCGGAUCCGGGCGAGAAAACGGGGAGCCAGAUCAGUGGCUAUAGGAGCACCGCCCCGUAAGCAGCCCCUACGAAUGGUCACUAGCCGAGUCCCCGGCACCCCAAAGACUUCCACUCCAGUUGGGAACAUAAGUGCUGUCAGCCAGGUGCAACCUCUGCACAGGAGUGCGGUGCAGACAGGAUACCUGUACGAGGCUGUGGAGUCCGGUCGCAGCGCUGUGGUGACGGUGGUGGACGAAUGGCUAGAGAGCUACAAAAAGGACAAGGAAGCAGGACUUGUGGAGUUUAUGAACUUCAUCGUGCAGUGCUGUGGCUGCAAAGGGGUGGUCACCAGGGAGAUGCUGAACAGCAUGCAGAACGCUGAGAUUAUCAGCAGGCUGACUAAAGAGUUCAAUGAGGAUUCGACCAGGUACCCGCUGUCAUCCCCCGGCCCAGCAUGGCGUCGGUUCCGUGCUGGACUGUGCGAGUUCCUUCACCUGUUAGUGCAACGCUGUCAGAACAGCCUUCUGUACGACGAGUACCUCUUCUCUUCAGUACUUGCGUUGUUGACUGGCAUGUCCGACUCGCAGGUCCGUGCCUUCCGGCACACAAGCACAUUCAUGGCCAUGAAGCUGAUGACAGCUCUGGUCGAGGUCGCCGUGGACAUGACCGCUCGGACGGAGACGAUGCGGCAGCGGUAUGAGGCGGAGAAGAGUAAGGAGCCGGAGAGGAGAGCCCAUGGGAGAGUAGAGGAGCUGCACUCCAUCUACACUGAGCUCCUGGAACAGCAGGCAGAGUUGCAGAGCAUGAUGAACACAGCCCUAAAGGGCGUGUUUGUGCACCGGUACCGGGACCGCGUCGCUGAGAUCCGGGCGCUCUGCAUGGAGGAGCUGGGAGUGUGGCUGAAGGGGAACCCGGCCACCUUCCUCAAUGAUGGCUACCUUAAGUACCUGGGCUGGACCAUGCACGACAAGCAUCCGAUUGUCCGGAGACAAUGUAUGCACGCAUUGCAAGGCCUGUAUGCCGAGAAGGACUUUGCAGGACGCCUCGAGCUCUUCACCGUCAGGUUUAAGGAACGGAUGCUCUGCAUGACGCUGGACAAAGACAGCGACGUCGCUGUGGAGGCUGUCACACUCCUGCUGCUGGUUUCCCGGAACACUGAGGAGGGCCUGUCGGAGGCGGACUGCGAGCGUUUGUACCCCUUGGUGUUCACCUCACACAGGGGGCUGGCCUGUGCCGCCGGGACCUUCCUCUACCACAGGUUGUGCAGCGAGAUCAACAAAGAUGCUCAGGAUACAAGGGAACGCACAGUCGCCUUCCACCAAUUCCUCAUCUGCUUCUUCAUCCACACUGAGUUCCAUGAGCAUGCGGCAUACCUGGUGGACAGCCUAUGGCAGUGUGCAGGGGCAGAGCUCAGGGACUGGGAGAGCAUGACAUCACUGCUGCUGCAGGAAAAUGGGCAAGAUGUUGGGCUGGAGGAUGAGGAGGAGACGGCCCUAAUCGAGCUGAUGAUGUCUGCCAUGCGGCAGGCAGCUGAGGGCUGCCCUCCAGCGGGGAGAGUCCCUUUGAAGAAGGUGGUCAGCAGGAAGGACCAGAAGAUACAGGCACAGGACAGGCAACGUCUCACCAACCAUUUCAUACUGGUGUUGCCACAGUUACUGGCCAAGUAUUCACCGGAUGUCCAGAAGAUGACCAGCCUGCUCAGAGCUCCCUUGUACUUCAACCUGGAGAUCUACAGCAGCAACCGUCGUAUGGAGAAGUAUCUGGACCUGCUGCUCUUCCAGUUGUGUGGGAUUGUGAAGAAGCACCAGGCAGACGGUGUCCUGGCGGCAUGUGCUCGCGUGGCGUGUGUCCUGAGCUCCAGAAUGUACACCUUCUCCAGCCGAGCGGACCUGGCCGUCAGCCAGCUGCUGGACGACCUUGUGGACCGAUUCACAUCCGGCCUUAGUGAGCUGCUGCAGGGCCCUGUAGAUGAAGAUGAUGUAUACAGCAUGACUGCCAUCUUGAAUAGGAUAGUGGCAUUCAGCAGUGCAAAGGAACUAACAGGAUGGCAGCUGUUUGAGCCCUGCCUCCAGAUCUUGAAGAGUGGGGUGGAGUCCAGACAGCCUAUUAGAGAGUGUGUCGUCUUUGUACUUCAGCUGAUGGUUCCCGCUCUGAAGUGUGCCAGUAAUCACCUGCUCUGGGAGAACCUGAAGAUGAUGUCCUCACCCGCCGAGGCAGCAGUGCAGAAGCUAAAACAAGAUGUUCAGUCUCUGUUCAGAGUCUGUCAAGCCUGCUUAUCUGUGACUGAAGCAGAGCUACGAGACCAGGCCUUCCUGUGGCUUUGCGACAUGCUGGUAGUGUUCAGUGUGAAGGCUGUCCAUGGAAACCCCACGCUUCAGACGCUGGCCUGCCCCCCCAGCGAGUCACUUCAAGCCGAGAUGGCGUCCUUCCUCAUUGACUACAUCUUUGCCGAGUCUGACAACGGCCAAUGUGGCGAUGACGAGGAGGCGGUUCUUGGGAAGAUCACAGCCCUGCAGAGGUGUCGGAACCAGCUGGCUGGAUACUGCAAACUGGUGAUCUUCGGCAUCUUGGAUCUCAGCGCCGCCUCUGACGUAUUCAAACAUUACAACAAGUUCUAUAAGGACUAUGGUGACAUCAUCAAAGAGACGCUGAGUAGAAUGAAGAUCAUCAGCCCAGUACAGAGCGCCAAGACCCUGUGUCUUAGUCUGCGUCAGCUGUACUCAGAGCUGCCCUGGGAGCUGGGUGAGGAGGAGGUGUAUGCUAGCCCAGAGUUCAAGGAGAUGCGAGAGCUGGCCCGCCGCUUGGCCAUGACCUUUGGCGUCGAUCUGCAGCGCGUCCGCAAGCCACUGGCGUCCCUGCACAAGGACGGCAUCCAGUUCUCGUUGCAGGGUGUCGGGAAUACGGAAAGGCUCCCUCGCAACCUGCUCUUCUUGGAGAUCCUCAGUGAGUUCAGUUAUAAACUCCUGCCUCCGGACCGAGCCGAACUUUCUGGAUUUCUGGAAAGCUUGGCCCCCAUACCACUGCCUCCCUGGCCACCCCUCAUGCUGUACCAGCGUUCCCUGCAGACGGUUGCAAGGCUUCGCACCCAUGCCCAAUCCCCACAGGACAUGCCCAUGUCCAAACGCCAGCGGACCGAACAGGCCAAGCGUGCAGAUCAAGAAGGUUCUCUAUCUAGGGUGACAGAACAGUUGUCCCUAAAUGGCAGCAGCAAGCUGACAAGCCCUUUCCUGACAUCCACGGCACGGAAGGGGGAGCCUGCGAGAUCGCCGGUGGCCCGCAAGGACCCCAGCAUGGCGCUGAGCGUGUCCAGUGACGAGCUGGUCUCUGAGCCCUGGUCCCAGGGCGACCCCAUGGAGAGCCUUCCCCCCACCAGAGAAGCCUUGCGCCGACACAAACGGCCAGUUUUUCUCUCCCCCGGCACCCCCUCAUCAAACAGUGACCUGGAUUCUCAACUUAAUGUGUUAACACUUAUAGAGGAAGAGGACGAAGAGGAGGAUGACCUGAGAAUUGUGGAUUUAGACACACUCACUCUGCCUUCUAGUAAAAACUCUGUCAGCUUUCUGGAGGAGCUGUUUAACUGAGACACGGGAGGACAAAGGAGGAAUGAAUGAGCUCGCCAGUCUUCUCAACUGUUGUUUUCUUCAGCAUUUUCUUCUCCGUAAUGCAGUUUGUGGUUGUUCUUUAAUUAAUCCUGUUCAUACUUUGUCUCUUUGUUCUAACAAAUGGAAUGUUUAUAAAUGUCUUUU